AUGUGCGUCUGCUUGCCGCUGGCGAGCCUGCUGCUGGCCCCAUCGUUUGCGUGGACCGCCCAUCGUUCGGCGUGGAUCGCCCAUCGGCCGCACGCGUGGAGCGGCGGCGCGGUGCGGGCGACUGCCGUCGCUGUAGCGGCGCUCGAGCCGAAGCAGCUCACGAUGGAGCUGGUGCGCUCGAAUCGUACCGUGCAGCUCAUGCGGUUGUGGGAGGAGCACGGCGACGACUUCAACGCCAUGCAUAUCUCCGCGUUUUGGAACCGGCUCGGCAAGCUCGUCCGCUCGUCCCGCGCAGAGCAGUCGUGGUUGCGCGCACGUGGCGCGGCGCUGUCCCCGGUGCGGGAGCGGACGCUGGCGAUGCUCCCCGACCUGGAGGCGCGCUCCCUCGUCAACACGGCCCACGGCCUCGCCAGUGCGCGGCUGCUCGCCUCGUCGCCCGCGUGGCUGCAGCUCUGGGGGAGCUUGGAUGGCGCGGCGCGUGCGCAGUGCGACCGGCGCCAGCUGACGCCGCAGAACCUGGCCAACCUGGCGUGGUCCUUCGCGACCGCGCGGCACGGCGAUGAGUGGCAAUCAGGCGAGUUCAACAACACGCAGGGGCUCGUCAACGUCGUGUGGGCGUACGCAACGGCGGGGCACGAGGCGCCUCUCCUCUACGCCGCCGUCGCCUCGCGGCUGCAGCAGCGCGCAGACGCAGCGGCGCCGCAGGGCCUCCUCCUCGCAAAUUUCUCUUUCGAGGUUCGCGCUGAGCAGUUCAACGCCCAGGGGCUCGCCAACCUCGCCUGGGCCUUCGCCAGCGUCGGCGGCGCGCCCGCCCCCGUCUUCGAGGCGCUGCAUGUCGCCAUCCUGCCCAAGCUCCGCGAGUUCACCGGCCAAGGGCUGGCCAACGUCGCGUGGGCCUUUGCCACGGCGGGGCACGCGAGGGCGCUCUUCGGCCCGCUCUCGUCGGAGCUCCUCUCGCGACUGGACGCGCUUCGCGCCAAGGAGCUGGCCAUCACGGCGUGGGCGUACGCCACGGCGGGCGUGGUGGACGCGCCGCUGUUCGACGCCAUCGCGCGGCUCGCGACGCGACGCCUCGGCGACCUCGCGUGUCUCGGCCCGACUGACGAUGGAGACGAGUCUCGCAAGUGGAACGACAAGCAGCUGAACCAGCUGCACCAGUGGAGCUUGUGGCGGGCAGAGACGGGCUGCGAGUGGCCGCCGCUGCCGCCACAGCUGGAGAGGCGCUCCCGCGCCGCGUUCGCGUCGGCGCAAGUGCACCCGAGCCGGAUGCAGCGGCACGUCUGCUACGCGCUCGGCUCGCUCGGAUUGCCGUCGCAGGAGGAGGUUCGCAUCCCCGAAGGCUACUCGAUCGACGUGGCCACGGAGUGGGGCGGCGUGCGGGUCGGCAUCGAAGUGGACGGCCCGUCGCACUUCCGGACCGACCGAAGGCCGACCGGCUCGACGGUGCUCAAGCGGCGUCAGCUGCGCCACUUUGGGUGGACGCUGCUCUCGGUGCCGUACUGGGAGUGGGAGGCGCUGCGCGACGAGGACCGCUUCAUCCAGCGGCAGAUGCAAUGUGCCUAUCUCGCCGAGGCGCUCGACGAGGCGACGGGCACGCGCACCACCGCAUCGGGGGACGGGUGGGUGGCCAUCGACUGCACCUCGCUGCUCGACGAGGCGACCGCCGAGCUGGAGGACCUCCCGUCCUUCCAGGGCCACGAUGAGCGGCUCAGCUGCUGA